GAAACAGGCGGCAGCGUUCGGCGGCGAACUGCGGCAGCGGCGGCGGUUGAUCUCAGGCUUGCUGGCACGCACAGAUUGAGCCCGAGUCGCCCCGUAGGGAGAAGUGACCUGGUUCCCGGGCUGGUUCCAAGAAGUUAGCACCAUUGUGCCCAUAUAGCUGGUUUAUGUUGGAGCAGGAACUGAACCCAGAUGAAUCCAGUGCUUUGUACUACCAUAGUGCUGUUUUGAUGAGAACGCAGCAGCAUCUAGUUGGCACCGUGCAUGAGAGGGUGUAUGAGAGUGCUCGGGCGGACAUAACUUUGGAAAUAGAUUCCAAGAACAGAGCUUUGGAACCAACGCUGCCACUUCUUUUGGUUUUUGACAGAUCAUCACAGGGAGAACAGAAGCUUCAUCUCAGUGUAGAUGGCCAUGCAGCCUGCAAUCCAAGUGUGGUUUGGGGAAGAUCUACCUCUGAGUCCCAGGUGUCCUCUGACUCCCAGACAUGGCCCGGGACUGGCUGAUGUAUGCCAGUAUGACGAGUGGAUAGCUGUGAGGCACGAAGCCACUCUGUUGCCUAUGCAGGAAGACCUCUCUAUUUGGUUAUCUGGGUUACUAGGUGUUGACAUUAAGGCCGAAAGAUUAUUGGAAGAACUUGAUAAUGGAGUGCUGUUGUGCCAGCUAAUCAACGUUCUUCAGAACAUGGUGAAAGCCUGUCACUGUGACGAGGCAGGGAAUUUUCCAAUGAGCAAAGUACCCUGUAAGAAAGAUGCUGCCUCAGGCUCAUUCUUCGCCAGAGACAACACCGCAAACUUUCUUCACUGGUGCCGACACAUCGGGGUUGACGAAACUUACCUCUUUGAGUCUGAAGGUUUAGUUUUACAUAAAGACCCCAGACAGGUGUACCUUUGUCUUCUUGAGAUUGGUCGGAUUGUGUCAAGGUACGGAGUUGAGCCACCAGUAUUGGUAAAACUUGAGAAAGAAAUUGAGCUGGAAGAGACUUUGCUUAAUGCCUCAGGCCUUGAAGAGUCUAUCAACAUCCCCAAAUCCUGCUGUCAGCAAGAAGAGCUACAUGAAGCUGUUAAACACAUUGCUGAGGACCCUCCUUGCAGCUGCUCCCACCGAUUUUCUAUUGAGUACUUAUCUGAAGGGCGGUACCGGCUAGGGGAGAAAAUACUCUUUAUAAGGAUGCUUCAUGGAAAACAUGUUAUGGUCCGAGUUGGUGGAGGCUGGGAUACUCUGCAAGGGUUUUUGCUGAAAUAUGACCCCUGUCGAAUACUGCAGUUUGCUACCCUAGAACAAAAAAUUUUAGCAUUUCAAAAAGGAGUUUCUAAUGAAAGUGUGCCAGAUUCGCCUGCCAGAACGCCUCAGCCUCCAGAAAUGAACCCUUUGUCAGCAGUUAAUAUGUUUCAGAAACAAAAUUUAAAACCUGGCACACCAGUGAGUGUUCUGAAGAGCAAGGAGAAACAGGUACGCCCGCCAGGUGCACGGCUGCCUGCAUCGUCAGUAAAAGGUAAUUUGGCUUCCCUGUCUACCCGUUCUAAACGUCCCGAUUCUCCAGCAUCAUUUCCACAUCCCAAGGUCACAUCUUUGAAGGGCAUAGCCAAAAAGACGAAUGCUCCUUCCAACAGUGUAUCGUCGUCCCCGGCUUCUCUAAAUCCAGGGGCUAAACCAAGCACUGCGCAGUGUACAUCAGUGUCGGCGAGAAAAUGUGUCACCUUCCCCAAGACUGCUCAGACCAAGGCUCUUCCAGCCCAGAAUUCCAGAGACCUAUCUAAGUCUAGACUUUUACCAAGUAAAUCUCCUGGAAAAAUUGAACCAAAGCAUUUGAAACACAAUCAUCUUUCUUCCAGAGAUGAGUCACAUACAAAUUUAUCAUCCAAGUGCCCAAAGCUACCUAAAGGAACCAUGCAUGGAAGGCCUAACCUUUCUCCUUUCCAGCUGCCUGCAAAAGUGACAAAACCCAGUUCUAAAACCAGAGCCAUAGGUCUAGGGACACAGUCUCAGCCACCUGAUAGAACUCUGAAAUCAGGGGCAGUCUCAGCACAAAGCCUUCAGUCUACAUUGAAUUUAAAUGAUCCAGCUUCUGUGUGUUCAGGGUCCUCUGCAAAAGCUACUCAGGAAUCGAAAGGUAAGAAUACAGUUUCAGUUGCCAAAAGGCAACCUCAGAGUAAGGGUGUCUGCCAGAGUCCGGGACCUGGCUCUUCAAAGUCUCCUGGCCGUACCCCACUGUCUAUUGUGACUGUUCCCCAAUCAGCUACCAAGACAACAACUGUCUCAAAGUCAGCAAAGACUACUAUGAAGAGCCAGUACUCCGCUAAAGGGCCUCCCCAAAGCAGCAAGCCACCAGCUUCGUCCAGGAAGCCACCCUCAACUGGUAAGGGAGCAGACAGUCGAGAUAAAACCCCUACUGCCAAGAAAAAGGAAGAGGAUGACCAUUAUUUUGUUAUGACUGGAAAUAAGAAGCUUAGAAAAUAAAUACACUUGUGUCACUUCAACAACUCAGGGUGAUCAAUGACUGGCGAUCCACAAGGAUCACCAAAGAUCUUCCUAUUUGUGUCUGUCUGGAAAGCUGCAGACAUGAGGUCAAGAUGGGACAAAGCUGGGUCAGGGAGAGGAUGCGUGCAUUUGGCAUGUUGAUGGACAGACGUAUGAGUUCCGAUCUGUAUCAUCUUGCUAAUGUCUGCUGUUUGAGGGGAACGUAAGAGUCCAAGAACACUACUAGAAUUGUAACUAUUGUUGGUAUAUUUUGGAACAGGUGUUAACUAUGGAGAUUAUCUGCUAAUGGCAACUCUGACGCUCUUAAACACUAGUUACUGUGCUCAGUCACAAUGCAGUGGUUUGCUUGGCGUGUGCCUAUAAUCCCAGCUCCGAAGGCUGAAGCAGGGCUACACAGUAAACCCCAGCAAGGUUUCGCAAUGUGCUAUAAUGCGCACCUAAGUUAAUUUAUUGGUCAGGAAUCGUGGUCCAGCCAUCUUAAGGACCAAUGGCUCCUGCUGCUUACUCUGAUAUUAUUCUGGAUUAAAUGGAAUUCUUAUUAUUUAAAUCUCUAUACUCUUUCCAUAUCAGAAAGGACUGUUUAUUUUAAUUAAACUGGGCUUUUAUUAAUAUUGGUAUCAUUUUGUAACCAGUAUUUUUGAUAAAAAGAAGAAAAAAACUCAAGCAAGUUAACUUAUUGAAUCAUAAGCUGAAAUUUAGUAAGAAUUAAAGUUUUUUUUAAAAUAUCUUUAAUAAUCUAGACACUUUAUAUCUUAUUUUUUAGAUGAGGUCUGUGCAUUACGGUGGGGAAACAUUUAACAGCUUUUAGAUAUUUUAAACAGACAUUUCCUAUGUGUACAGAUAAAUUUUUUUCAUUAAAAUAAUGUGUUUUGAUACCAGAAUAAGGUUUUACUGAUCUUAAAAUUAAAAGGGAUUGGGGUGGGGGGAGUGGCUCAACGGAUAAAUCACAUCUAGUGCAGGCAUGGGGAUUGGAGUUUGGGUCCCCAUACCUACAUAUAAAUCUGGGCCAGCUUGAUAGUCUGCCUGUAGUCCCAGCACUCAGGAGGAAGAGACAGGAUCUCCUGAGACAAGCUGGCUGGCUAGGCGAGCCAAUGGCUGAGAUCCAACUUUUUUGAGAGACCCUACUUAGUAAAGUAGGAAAAUAUGAAAAGUCAAUAUCUGGUCUCUCUACAUACAGACCCAUACAUAAAUGCCUGCACACGUGCACACACACAUAUGAAUGCAUAUAUGCACACAAACACAUACACACAUGCACACUACAUAUUGUGACACAUACAAAAAAUCAAGAUGGUAUUAAGAGAGCCUUAGUGUGAUACAACGCAUAUAUCCUAUUAGGUGACUUGUAUUUCUUUUGAUAGCACACUGCCGAUUUUAAUUAGAGCCUCAAAUUAUGUUCAUCUUCAUUAGUAAAGCCAUGUUGUGCUCAGUUUCCCAGUGCCCGGCAGACACUGUGGUGUAUGUGGUGCCUUCUGUUCUGUAGGCAGAUUCUCUUCAGGAAUAUCCAAUGAUGUAAUGACAACAUAAACACCUUCCACCCACAGGGAUACUUGUAAAUGACUUAUGUACCGGCUUGUCAGUAUUUAAAGUUUAUUAAUGUACUUUGAGAACUUUUAAGGGUGUUAAGUAACUAUGGUAUUACCAGUUAUUAUAA